GAGAGAUCGAAAGAAAUGACGGAAUCACCAACAACUCCAUCGACUGGCGGACGGUCGUCGAACGCCAAACCGUCUCUAAUGGAAAGUCUGCUGGGGCUCCUCAGAAUCCGCGUCAAGCGCGGCGUCAAUCUCGCCGUCCGCGACGUGCGUAGCAGCGACCCGUACGUCGUCGUCAAGAUGGGCAAACAGAAACUUAAGACGCGUGUUAUUAAAAAGGAUGUUAAUCCCGAGUGGAAUGAAGAUCUAACUCUUUCUGUCACAGACGCUGAUGUUCCAAUCAUGCUGACGGUUUAUGACCAUGACACGUUUACCAAAGACGACAAAAUGGGAGAUGCGGAGUUUGACGUCAAAGCAUAUAUAGAAGCCUUGAGGAUGAAUCUUCAAGGCCUUCCAAGUGGGACCAUAAUCACAAGAGUACAACCAAGCAGGCAAAACUGCUUGGCCGAAGAGAGCUGCAUCAUGUGGAGUGAAGGCAAGGUGGUCCAAGAUCUCGUCCUCAGAUUGAGAAAUGUGGAAUGUGGGGAGGUGGAAAUCCAGUUGCAAUGGAUUGAUCUUCCUGGUUCCAAGGGUUUAUAAAGUUUGUGAAUGCUCCUUCAUUUGCUUUCCUUCUUGUGAGCUUCAUGGUGUGGUUGGUUUGUCAUAGGUGUGUAUUGAACUGACAUUAUAUAUAUUUGUUUGUCUUUGCCUAUAGGUUCCAGUUUGUAGCUCAACAGUUUUUGGUCUUAUUGUGACCAUAAUUACUAUUUUGUAUGGGCUCUA